AUGGUUGCUCGUCUGGCUACAUCAAUUGAAGAAUUAUGUUUAAAUAACUGUGGUUUACGAAAUGUAUUACAGUUUUAUUUUCGACUAUUUAAUUCAUUCCAACAAACGAAACUGCGUCGAUUAUUUAUAACAAACAUUGCUAAAUCAACAACAUCAUCGUCACCAAUAGCAAAUACAGUUGAAAGUGUUAAAGAUUAUUUUCAGGAAACAACGUCACUUGAACUACUUCAGAUGCAGAUCUAUCCAAAUGGUAAAAUGAGUUUUGCAAUGGAGAGAUGUGACGGUUUACAGUCGAAUUUACAUAUUGAAAAAUUAGAUUUACGAUUAAAUGGCAAUAAUUUAGAAACAUUUAUACAUGAAUAUACUGCACAAUUAGCUGGCAUUCCUCGUUUAGUGGCACUGGAUCUAACAAAUUAUGAUAAAAGAAAUGUAAACUUGAUUGGUUUCUGCACAUUGGAUAUUGAAUAUUCACAAUUUCAAAAAAAUGUUAGUGCUUGUGCUGGUUUAAUUACAUGCCAACCAAACUGGCCAUAUGAAAAGCUAACUGAAGUAACAGCAGAUGAUUUGAAUGAAAGUGUGUAUAUGUUACGUAAUUCAGCGGCGACAUCACCACAUCACUCCAUCACCAUAUCAUCACGUCAACAAGACGCACAAUCACAUGGGGAUUUGGUUGUUGACACUUAUGGCAGUUUUGUUGCCACGGGUGAUUGA